AUGCUGGAUGGCGGGGACAACCGGCUGCGCGUCCUGCGGGCCUGUGACCGCUGCUCCCAGUCCAAACAGCGCUGCGAUGGAGAGCAUCCUUGUCAGCGAUGUGCCGAACGAAAUACUUCAUGUCAUUACGAGAAGCUAGUGCGCAAGCGUGGCCGUCGUCGACGAACGAAGCCAACCUCCACUGGCCACAGGGUGCUGGCGCCCGGCCCUUCAAGCUUGAACGGUCUCAUAAAUCCGACUGAGCUGGAUACUUCAAUGGACGAUGGAGACAACAUGCCGGAGAGCUUGCGAAGGAAUACGAACCCGUUGAGCACGCCGUCAUACACAGAUGACUCUACCAGGAUAACGGCCGAGACAAGAGCGACGGGAGGAAGCAAUGAACAAGAGGGGAGAAAUGGUCAAUUUGGCCUCGAGCCUGAUGCGCCUCCGGUCACUGGCCACCGCGAUUCAUACUCCCAGCCCCUGAAUCCUUUUAUUUUCCAAGAUGUGUUUUUCGGAACGCCAGGCCGUCCGAGUAGCCAGACUGCGUUUACGCCCGGUCGCGUUGAACACUGGCUUGACAAGACCGCGCCAAUUCCACGCAGUGGCUCUCGCGGCCUGUACUCUACAGUUUCGCACAAGACCCUGCAGGAAAAUCUUGGAAAUGGAGCAGCCCAAGGCCAGCGCUCAUACCCUUGCUUGGAACCUCUGCUUCCCUAUUUACAAGGAAUACUCUCCCCUGCGGAUGCAUCCGAAAUGCUUGAGAUUUACUUUAAUGAGCAGAGGAAUCCUAUAUUCAAGGCGGCCUCACCAUAUACAAUCACCCAUGUCAUACAGCCAUCCUCUGUUCUGCAUCCGACGGCCCCGCGGCCCACCUCCUCUAUCCUCCUUAUUGUGAUGUUGCUUUGCGUUGCACAGACGGCGGACAUCAAGAUAUUCGACCCACCCGGAGCGCGACAGCGCAUUGUCCUCGAUCUCUAUCGUUUGGCGCUUGACUUGAUGGAGCCAGUCGACUGGGAUAAUUAUUUCAGGACCUCAGAUGGAUGGCAGUUUCACCCGCGCGGCGGAUUCACCGAUAAAGACGGGCGCUCGUCCGUGUCGCAUGCGGCGGGGGGUGGACUGAUACCCGAUUUCCUGGGCUCGACCGACGCCAUUCUUGCAGUUGUGAUCCUCACCCUAGUGAUAUCUGGCGGCCAUUUCAAGGCAGACAGCCUGAAAUGGUGGUCCAAGGCUAUUCGACUAGCUCGCGCCAGUGGACUGAGUAUGGAGGAUCAAGGAAUCCAGCCAGCAAACUGUCAGGGACACACAACCCGCGAAUGGUUGAUUGUCAAAGAGGAGCGUCGAAGAUUGUUUUGGCUCAUUUACUGUCUCGACCGUCAUCUAGGGCUUUCGUUCAAUGCGCCCGUGAAUUUCCCGGAGGGCACAUUCCGCGUCGCAGCGCCGUUACCCGAGGCCAUUUGGCAGAACCUCGAGACGAUAGACCUCAAUGCUAUUCCAGCUCCACGCCUCGGCCCUCCGGCUAGGAUAUCUGGAUACGGAUUCUUCGAAUAUUUCCUCCCAUUAGCGACCGUCCUCGGGCAUAUUAUCGACUUCCACCACAUGCAGAACCACCCUCUGCUCGGCGACACCCUUGGCCAUGCAGCGGUCCAUAAGAUCGAGAACCUUAUAUCUCAGCGGGAGCAAGACCUAGCUGAACUGAGAGAUAAACUCGAGAACCCGCUGCCAACCCAACAUUCUGUUGACCCGUUUAGCCACCCGCUGGGCUACGGCCACACCCCAGCAUCGACGAUCGAUUCGAAGAAGCCUUUAGUUCUUGCCUACAGCACGCAUAUGCUGCACGUCUGCUAUAUCCUGCUGCACGGAAAGUGGGACCCAAUUUCCAUGAUUGAAGACAAAGACGACUGGAUCACAUCGGACAGUUUCCAAGCAUGCGCGUCGCACGCGCUCAGCGCAACUGCCGCCGUGCACCAGAUCCUAUCACUCGACCCGGAACUCACCUUCAUGCCAUACCUCUUCGGCAUCUAUUUGCUACAGGGGAGUUUCAUACUCCUCCUCUUUGUCGACCGGAUGCCCGAGCUAGGCUUCAAUAAAUCCGUCGAGGAAGUUUGCGAGACUAUCAUCCGGGCGCAUGAAGUGAGUGUCGUGACACUGGACACCACGUUUCAGGUACUACGCCUUACUCCUACUUUAUGA